AUGGCGGCUUCAGCUUGGUCCAAGCUCGCCCUUCUUCUCUGCUACUUUGGCUUGAAGGCCUUCGUUUUCGGCAUCGUUGCCGAAAACAAAAAGCCUCAGUUUGGAACUGGUACCGUCAUCGGAGAUGGUUAUGUUAUGUGCGAGUUCUCACGUCUCAGCGUGGUCAUGGGGAUCCUCUCGAUGAUCUCGCUGCUAAUCACCAUCCUCAUCGGCCACCGCGCCGUCUUCUACCCCUACCCUACCAACAAGACCAACCAGCAACCCGCAACGGUUCCUCGCGGAGCUCUGCUUCGAAGCACCAUCCUCAUAGUCUUCUUCAUCGUCGCCGAGUAA